AACGAGUGGGUGAAUGACCGAUUGAGCUAUAGGGCGUUAUGGAACGAGAGAUAGGCCUAUUUUUAGCAGGCCACUGAUGAUUUGAUUGGAUACAUGACGAGACGGGUGAUCAGAAAGAAGUUCAUGUGUUUUUAUGAAUAAGAGAAGGAGCGAGAAGGAGAGAAAGAGACAGAGGAUUGCACAUCUGGGAAUGUUGCUGGCCCAUCUAGCGGAAAUCUGCCUCCAGGACAAGACUCAUCCCAAUAACCAUCAACCUGCAGCGGAAUCACACCAUUUCACCACGUAGGUGUGGCUUGGCUCAGACAGCAUCGUCUGAUUCUGAUUCCAUUCCCUGACUUCCUCUCUGCACCUUGCAUUUAACUGGUCCUCAGUGUGCUUCAGUUGGACGGACUCGACAGAGCGCAGCUGACGCAGUGACGGUGUGAGUGGAGCAGAGAGAACCGAGGAUGGGGGGCGGAGGCCAGCAGACGGAGUCAGGCGAGCCGGCCAAGGGUGACAGGGGUGGGCCCGGUGCAGUCUACACCUGGGAAGAGGUCCAGAGGCACUCUCACAGAGGCGACCAGUGGUUGGUCAUCGACAGGAAGGUCUAUAAUAUUUCCCAGUGGGUGAAGAGACACCCGGGGGGCAUCAGGGUCAUCAGUCACUUUGCUGGAGAAGAUGCCACGGACGCAUUUGUCGCAUUCCAUCCCGAGCCUAAUUUUGUCAGGAAGUUUCUGAAGCCGUUGCUGAUUGGAGCGCUGGCACCCACAGAGCCCAGCCAAGACCAUGGGAAAAAUGCAGUACUGGUGCAAGACUUCCAGGCCUUGCGUGAUCGUGUGGAGAGGGAGGGACUCCUCCGUGCCCGCCCCCUGUUCUUCAGCCUCUACCUGGGCCACAUCCUGCUACUAGAGGCCCUGGCUUUGGGCCUGCUCUGGGUCUGGGGGACCAGCUGGAGCCUCACACUGCUCUGUUCCCUCAUGCUGGCCACGUCUCAGUCCCAGGCUGGCUGGCUGCAGCAUGACUUCGGCCACCUGUCAGUCUGCAAGAAAUCCAGUUGGAAUCACAUACUGCACAAGUUUGUCAUUGGACAUCUAAAGGGUGCCUCUGCUAACUGGUGGAACCAUCGUCACUUCCAGCACCACGCUAAACCCAACGUGUUGAGUAAAGAUCCUGAUGUCAACAUGCUGCAUGCCUUCGUCCUGGGAGACAAACAGCCUGUAGAGUAUGGUAUAAAGAAGUUGAAGUACAUGCCUUACCAUCACCAACACAAGUACUUCUUCCUCAUUGGACCUCCACUACUUAUUCCAGUGUUUUUCACCGUCCAGAUAUUCCAGACGAUGUUUUCACAACGGAACUGGGUGGAUCUGGCGUGGUCGAUGACUUUCUACCUCCGCUUCUUCGGCUGUUACUACCCCUUCUUUGGUCUCUUUGGCUCAGUCGCAUUGAUCACCUUCGUCAGGUUUUUGGAAAGCCACUGGUUUGUAUGGGUGACCCAGAUGAAUCAUCUUCCUAUGGACAUUGAUCACGAGAAACGCCAGGACUGGCUCACCAUGCAGUUGAAUGCUACUUGCAACAUUGAACAGUCACCCUUCAACGACUGGUUCAGUGGACACCUCAACUUUCAGAUUGAACACCAUCUGUUUCCUACCAUGCCCCGUCAUAACUACCACCUGGUGGCUCCUCUGGUGCGUGCUUUGUGUGAGAAACAUGGAAUUCCCUAUGAGGUCAAGACUUUGCAGAAAGGCAUCACUGAUGUUGUCAGGUCACUGAAGAAGUCAGGCGAUCUGUGGCUGGAUGCAUAUCUUCAUAAAUAAAUCCCUUCCUGACUCUGGACGGGAUUUAAUCCCAUCGCACAUUAACGACCUGUGAACAGAGAUAGUUUCUCAGACGUUUGUGUUGGAUGUUGUGUUUUGUUGUGAUGUAAUUGUUUUAAUCCCUUUUCGGACCCCAGGAAGAGCAGCUGCUGCCUUCGCAGCAGCUAAUGGGGAUCCAAAGCAGCAAUCCAGGGUUUAUAUUAGGGCUGUCAGAGUUAAUCAGUUAACUCAAGUUAACUUUUUGUCAUUUUAGUGCACAAAUUUUUUUAAAUCGUGAUUAAUCGCAUUGUCUGAAAGUGUUGAAUACACUGAAAACAUCCAAAAUACAUCAUGUAUACAGCUAAAAUCUAUAAUGCCAUGUAAAAAAAUAAGUUGACAUUGAGGUUAAAUAAAGUUUGCUUUCUCAGUUUA